UCCCACACGCCCAUUACAAUUAACAAUCACAAUUUCUUUCUCAUUAAUUUUGUAUUUCUUUCUUCUUCACAUUUCCAAAGUAUAAAACACACACUGAGACCGAACCGGAUUGCAAUUCUCGAGUGAUUGGCCAUGGCGUCGUCGUCUUCUUCCUCCGAAGAAUCUCAAAAUCAACCUCCACAAGAACACCACCAACUCCCACUCAAAGAUAAGGAAAAGGAAAAGGAAAAAGAGUGCGUUUACAAGACCAAGCCCAUUCAAUUUCUUGGUCGCCCUACGCCUAUUGUUCUCCAAAACGAUAAUGGCCCAUGCCCUCUUCUCGCCAUAUGUAAUGUCCUCUUGUUGCGGAAUAACUUAAAUUUGGGUCCAGAUGCUACUGAAGUAUCCCAGGAAAAAUUGUUAUCUCUGGUUGCUGAACGGUUGAUUGAUUCGAAUAGUAAUGUCGAUAAUAAAGAUGCUGGUUUUGUUGAGAAUCAACAGCAGAACAUUGCUGAUGCCAUUGAUCUGCUGCCACGUCUAGCAACAGGGAUAGAUGUAAAUAUUAAGUUUAGGAGAAUUGAUGAUUUUGAAUUCACUCCAGAAUGUGCGAUUUUUGAUUUGCUGGACAUUCCUCUAUAUCAUGGUUGGAUAGUUGAUCCGCAGGAUCACGAUACUGCUAGUGCAAUUGAUUCCAAGUCCUACAAUGCUAUCAUGGAGGAGCUUGUUGCUCUAGAAACGCAACACAUGGAGGAUCAGUGUAAGAACAAUCCUGAAGAUGAUUGUAUUGAUUUUGUUGCUGCAACAACAGCCACACUUGGAGUUCCGUCGCCAAAUCUUUCAAAAGUUAGAUCUUUUGAUGAAUCACCUCGUUCAAUCUCUGAUGAGCAACCAUUGAGAAAAGGGGAUCUUGAAGAAGAGGCAGAGUUGUUGAAAGCCUUGAGAUUGUCUGAAUCUGAAACACCAAUCUUAAUGGAUAAUCAUGGUGUUGCCUGUGCUGAGGGGAACACUAAAUCUACUAAACUGGAUGAGGGGCCAUCUCCUGGAAAUGUUUCAGUCAUAGAAGAUGUAGAGAAGACCAUAGCAAAAGACAUCUGUGCUGCAGACAAUAAUCUUAACGAACAGUCAGAUUCAUUGACUGCAGAUACUGGCAAAACCUCAGUAAGCAAGAGCGAUGGAGAUGUUUCACCUUUUCCCAAUGCCACAGAGCAAGUAAGCUCUUCACCAUUGAAGCCUGAUGCUGGAAAACACCUUGAUCAGACUGUGGAGUCUGAAGGGCAUAUGAUUUGCCCUGAUAUGUUGGAGAAGAACAAUCAUGAAACAUUGGUUCAGACUGUCACCAGUUCUAGAAGUGAUGGUGCAUUGGCAAAUGAGAGUCACGAGGAUUCUUCUCCAAUGAAUGAUAAUAACUCUUUUCCAGCUGCUUGUGAAACAGUUGAUCAUAGACCAGUUGAUAAGGAAGACCCAACCGAAGUAUCUGGGCCAUCUCCAUCUGUUAAUUGUACAGAUUCAGUAGAUGGUAAAAUCCAAUGUAUUGAGGCACCUGAAGGUUUGACUUCAUCUGUUGGUAGUGAGCCCAUAUAUGAAGGUGAGGAAUGUAUAUUGGAUCCAAGAAGUACAGUUCUUGAAGAUCGAGAGCCUGUAUAUGAAGGUGAAGUGGUUCUUGCAGAACAGGGAUGUGGAAGCUCCAUAAAUUUCCGUAAUAUACAGUCAAAGGUUGAAAUUAGUCCAAGACAAGGGGAGCUGAUCAGGAAUUUUUUGAAGAAUAAUGCAAGUCAGCUAACAUUUUAUGGCCUUUUCUGCUUACAAGAGGGUCUUAAGGAGCGUGAGCUUUGUGUUUUUUUCCGUAAUAACCACUUCAGCACCAUGUUUAAGCUUGAUGGCCAGCUUUAUCUUUUAGCUACAGACCAAGGUUACAUUCAUCAACCUGAUUUGGUGUGGGAAAAGCUAAAUGAGGUAAAUGGAGACACUUUAUUUAUGACGAGUAAUUUCAAAGAAUUCAAAGUAGAAAGUCCUUCAAAUGAGUCUUGGGAUGAACAAAAUGCCAUGACAAGCACAGCGGACUAUCUUGCAAGCAUUGAUGCUACUAAACAUGCCGGAUUGGAUUUGAAUUCUGACCUGCAACUAGCAAUAGCCCUGCAACAGCAAGAGUUUGAACAACAACCACAGCGACAAAAUGUGCAGCAGCCAUCUUCAGGUGGCAGUUCAAGGUUGGUCGUGGGUCCUCAGGUGCCUAGAACUAGUGGCAAAACCCCGCCGUCUUCUUCCUCAAGGACUGACACGAAAUCAAAGGAGAAGUGCAGUGUGAUGUGAAUUUUGGUUUGCAGAUUCGAUAGAAAAUCAUUUUCAUUUUUGUUUUUGUUUAUUUUAUUUUCAUUCCCCUGUAAAUGGUUUGUUGUCUUCUCAAUGGAACCACAUGCUGUUGACUAACCUAAUUCCUUAAGAGAGUAUGGAUACAGUUUUCCAUUUUGUA